UGGAAGAUCAAGGGCCAGUCACGGUCAGGACUAACUGUCAAUGUUAUAAUGGUUAGCUUUCAUUAAUAAUGCUAAAAGGUCAACAGACAACCCCACUAUGACCAUGUGCAACACAAAGUGGAUUUUCCCUGACUACUAGAGCCUAUAAUAACAUUAGCAUAAGCACAUUUAGCUGUAAUUCAAAAUCAGAACUUAUUUCUUUGUCGUACAGCGGGGGAAAUUUACAAUCACUGAAGACAUUUUGGUAAGGGUAGGAAAGACACAGGUGUAAAAAAUAAAAUAAAUGAUGGCCAAAUUCCAUCAAGCAGCUUUACGUCCUUAAGUCGAGCAUGUUGGCUCACAAUCAUGGCUAACUGCGAAACUUGAACAGAAAAUGUAUAUUCAUUUUAUUAGUAACACCUGUGCUUUUCCUUCUGUGACAAGUUGCGAUGUCUGCUGUGAAAGUGCCAAAUUAAUGAUGUAUGCUGUAAUCACACAGGUGUUUUCAGUCAGACUGAUUAGACUGGUCAUAGCAGAAUAAUCACAGGUGUAACAAAUAACAUUAACGAGGUCUCAUUUUCAUUUGCUAUCCCGAUAAAUCACAUCACUGACUCUGUAACUAUUGCUGCCCUUAAAAGGUAUUUUCACUGUGUUCACGCCAAGAGUCUAUAUUAACAUUGCCGUCUUCUAGUCUUCACAAACACCUAGCUCUUAAAGCUAGUAAUACACAAGAUGUGACGUGUUUGCUGAUGUUUUAAGAAAUGUCAAAGGCCAUGAAGCUUCAUUUCUGUGAAUGGUGGAGGCGUUAGAGGGUUGCGUGCGAGGCGGAGGUUGUUGCCCCAGCGGCGGGUGCCUCGCCCCCCCCGUCUCCCUCCACUGCGUCCCGUUACCAACCUCAGUUUCUCUCGGAGUUUCACCUUCUCUUUCUUCGAGCUGCCGCUUCACCAGUCGCCUCGCUGCCGUGCCGAACGCAUCAAAAACCUCAUGCUGCUUUUGAAACAGAUACACUACUGAAGAAAUGCCUGGACAGUUGUAUUUCCAAUUAUUUUGACACAAACUUUUCUAAAAAGUAGUAUAUUUUUAUUGCUACAUUUUAAACAUCAAUGCACCAUUUCCAAUUUAGAGUAACUUAGAAAGAUAGAUAUGCUUUGUUUACUGUGAAUAAAUGAAACUGCUUGGCUAUGUUCUCUGUCGAAUAUUCUGUUAAUACAUUUCCAAUUGAGGAUUAUACUCUUCCUGAUCUUGAAUCCUUAAAUCUUUUUUUAAAGGUGCAAUGUUUCAUGUCUGGCCACAUGAUCCUCACAAAUAGGGGUUCAGCAUUUCGCCUCCAUGAUUCACAAAUUGCAGUGUUAACACUAACAUUAGACACAUUUUUGCGAGCCUCAAACAUCAUUACUCGCCAAAUGUUUAACCGUGGAAAAAACGCCAAUCUUUACUCCUGUGUUGCUUUUUAAAAUAUCAAUUAUUAACUUUCUUUUCAGCCAGUGUAUUGCUUCUAGCGGGGGAUGGGAUGGUGAUAAAGGUGGCUUGCUAAGAGCAUCAGUCAUCUUUGUGUUUACUGUGCCAUUAAUCCCUGGCUGUAUCGUAAACAAGCUUGUGAUCUUGGCAGCCUUCGUUCUUCAUCCAAGUGCAGACUGGUGCUAUCACCUCUCGAGGAACAAGUGGUAUUACAAGAAAGGACGGUCCUAGGCUAGUCACAAAGCAUGCUAAUUUACUUACAUAACUUUGCUUUAAACAAAAUACAUGCUUUUUACAACUCGGAACAGUUAACUAUUCACAUUCUGUUGAUCAUAUUAGAUUAUUUUUUGAAAGAUUUGAACUGCAAUGCUGAACAUAUUUCACAUAUUGUACAUAUUUGAACAAUUUGCUGUUCAAAUGGUCCUGUAGUGAGGAACAAUGAAAAACAACUGGAAAUCUUUUCUCUUUUCAUAAUUGUUUUGCUUCUUCCUCUCUACCUGUGCAUCUCGUUCUUCAUUUCCCCAAUGUCAGUCUUUUAAUUAGUUUUACAUUUUCUCAGUUGGAAUAGCUUUACCCAUUUUGUAAAAUGGAAUAUAUUUAGAUUAAAACACAAAGUAUGUAUUUUUCUAUUUUGCUCUGUUUCUCUAUCACUCACUCUUUCACACACACAGACACACAGACACACAUUCAGAGUCUCUGAAAGCUGAGCUGCAAUAAUAGAGGCUUUCAGAUAUACUGAAUGGGGAGUGAAGGGGAGGAGAAAGGGGCUGUUAACUCUCUGUAACGUGCAGAGUUCAAGGCUGUUCCCAACUUUCCCUGACUCGUGUGAGAGUUUGUGAAACUGUGUGUGUACGUCAGUUGCUCUCUCUCAAUGCUUUUGUGUUUUGGUUAUCAGUUACUAAUACUCUUUUUCAUUUUUGUAAUCUAACUUUAUACACACAUUUUACAAUGUUUUUUAUAAAAAAAGAGCUUUACACCCAUUAAACACACACAAGAACAAAGAUGGACAGCUUUGAAUGAAAUGGCCUUCCUCACUACACUACAGGCAGCCUUACAGCGCUGUUGCCCUGGACAUAGCUCAGCUGCAUGUUCUUUGAAAGUCCAUGUCCUUUUUUAAAAGGGUGAAGGCACAAGGUUGGUAAGUAAAAUUAUAGGUUUAGUUGUUUGCCUUUAUGUGUGUACAUUUGGACCCUGUGCCAAGCUUUUAUCACAAAUUCUGUGGCCAUAAACUGCCUGUGUUUGUGUUUGUACAUGCACUCUGUUCCACCCAAACUCUUUGUGCUCACAGCUUUGUGGUGGUACAGAUAAGAUGGAGCAAGAUGGCCUUCCCCACAACAGGCAGCCUUAUCUCGCUGUCGCCCUCGACGAAGCACAGUUGGAUAUCCUUGGGCAGCGCGUAAAAAACAAGUCCCUGUCCGUUUUGGAGAGGGUAAAAGCACAAUGUUGGUGUUCCGGUCCCAGGGUGAAGAGCAUCCUGCUGGGUUUUUUUCCUGUCCUCUCAUGGCUGCCUCACUACUCCAUCAGAGAAAACGCCCUUGGAGACCUGGUGUCUGGAAUCAGUGUUGGGAUCAUACAUCUGCCAACAGGUAUGGCCAACGCCAUGGUGGUGGGAGUGCCUCCUGCAUUUGGUCUCUACACCUCCCUCUAUCCUCUGAUCAUCUACUUCAUCUUCGGCACCUCUAGACACCUCUCCAUUGGUACUUUUGCCGUCCUGGCCAUCGUGAUUGGGUCUGUGACAGCCAACGUGGAGUCGGUUAGCAUCAACAACGGAGAGAGUCAGGCCGAAGUGGAAGCUGCAAAAGUGAACGUGGCUUUACAAGUCACCUUCCUCUCUGGCCUCAUACAGCUCCUGCUGUACCUGCUGCGUGGAGGCGGUGUGUGUCGCUGGCUGUCUGAUCCUGUCAUCAGAGGCUACACCACAGCAGGAAGUCUGCAUGUGAUCGCCCUGCAGCUGCCACUGAUGACUGGAAUACCUGCACACAGAUACACUGGACUGCUGCCUUCAGCCUGGACUUUAAAGGAUGUUUUGCUCGGAGUGACCAGUGCUGUACCGGGAGCGUUGUGCCUCUCCGUGGUUUCCAUGGUGAUACUAAUCGGAGGCAAGAUGCUGAAUGAGCGCUUUAAGAAAAAGCUGCCUGUCGCCAUACCGUGGGAACUUAUACUGAUUGUGCUGGGCACCAUCGUGUCCGUGCAGAUGGAUCUGGCCGGCCAGCACACAGUCCAGGUGGUAGGAGACAUACCCAGUGGCCUUGCCGCCCCAGUCCUCCCCUCUGUCUCUCAGGCCCGAGAGCUGUUUCUACCCGCUCUGUCUGUGGCUCUGGUCAGCUUCAGUUACCUCUCAGCGUUGGGUUCAGUGUUUGCCAACAAACACGGCUACCAUAUGGACUCCAGUCAGGACCUGCUGGCUCUGGGUCUGUGUAACACCGUAGGAGCAAUGUUCCAGUGCUUCGCUGUCAGCUGCUCCUUCUCUCGCAGUAUGGUCCAGGACAGUAUCGGUGUCAAAUCACAGAUGGCUGGUUUGGUAUCAGCUCUGUUAAUUCUCACCAUCCUGUUGAAAAUUGGGCACCUCUUUGAGCAGCUGCCAAAGGCAGUGUUGGCAGUGAUCAUUGUGGUGAACCUGCGGGGCAUACUGGCUCAGUUCAAAGAUGUGUGUGUGCUCUGGAAGUCUGACAGAUUAGACCUGCUGGUGUGGGUCACUGCGCUGAUUUCCACGCUGGUGUUUAACCUGGACCUGGGUCUGGCUGUGGCUGUCGUCUUCUCUUUGCUCACACUCAUCUACAGGACUCAACACUCCUCCACUGUAGUUUAUGGUCGUAUUCCUGGUACAGACUGUUACAGAGACGUGGAACUGUACGCUGAGGCAAAGCAAGUACCUGGGGUGACCAUACUCUCCCAUUCAAGUCCUAUUUAUUUUGCCAACUCUGAUUUGAUCUUCACACAGAUCAGACAGACAGUGAGUCGUGGUCAGAAGGAGAACCCAGCUGGAGUCCACACCUCUACCUCCCCCUCCUCCUCCCCCUCCUCCCCCUCAUCAGACGAUGCGUUGACACACACUCAUUGCGUGGUUCUGGAUCUCAGCUCGGUCACCUUUAUGGACUCUAUGGCCAUAACAGCACUUUGCAAGGUUGUAGGAGACUUUGAACUCCACGGUGUCAGUGUGUGUCUGGCAGCGUGCCCAGAAAUGGUUUUAUCUAAGCUCCAGACUCAGGGUUGUAUACCGGACAGCCUGCUCAGCUCCUGUGUCUUCCCAUCGGUCCAUCAUGCUGUCCAGCGCUGCCUCAGUAUACUGCCCAAGCCUCUGGAGGAACUUACUUCAGAUGCAACUGAAUGUGAAUCUACUUGACUGCUGCCUUUCAAUGUAAACAGACAGUUAAGUCAUCUCACUGUCACAAGAACACUGUGGUGAUAGUUGGGGCUUUAAGGUGGCAGAAACACAAAUUAUCCCCUUUCAUAAUAUGUAUUUUGUACACUUCUCACACAUUUACAAACAAUAAAUGUAAUUGUUUCAUAAA